AGGCAUUGCCCAGCCAUGGCUCAGCGCAGUCCGGUCCAGUCCCCGGUCAGGGGAGGCGCCAUGGAGGCGGGGAAGCCCGAGGACGCCCCGCCGGCCGUGGUCACUUUCUUCCAGCCCCACGUCGGCGGCCAAGUGCUGGUGCUUUUCAGUUUGCUCAGUGGCAGCGAAGCCGUUUUAAAGAGGUUUUUACCCAAGAGUCAUCUUUCUAAGGUGAUCAUUCGUGACAACAUCAGUGUCCAGAGAGUGCAUGAUAUCAAGCUCAAGCACAUUGAAGAAAGCAAAAGGAAGAUGGGCAAUCUCUUUGACCAGAUGAUGAAGAAGUUUGUGCAUGACCAGCAGAAGAAAAUGAACCGCUGGAAGAAGGAAUAUGGCCACUACCAGAGAAUGCUGGAGAAGAUUGACCAGAGGGCCUGGCUCAAAGCCCACACCUCAACCUUUGCACUGCCAGAGCUAACAAAGGCCAAGGAUGUCACAGGGUGGAAAAAUGUGAACCUGCCACAGCAAAACAGGCUUAGGUAACUUGAGUGACCAUGAGCUAGAGGAGUGGCUUCAUGGUUCCACUUGGCACAGAAAAUCAUCAUAAAAAAGACCCAUGCGUCCCCCGCCCCCGCCCUGUAGGCUUUCCUGCUGGCUUGUCUCAUUAAGAUAAUGGAAUUAAAGUUAAUACAAGGCCUUCACAGCA